AUGAAUUUUAUAUUUCCAAAUGUCCCGAGUCCGUGCGGACCCGAAACGACGUUUUCUACCUGCAGCCAGAGCGAUCGUGCGUGCCUGACUCGCCCGUGUGGUACUCCACGCAGGCGCUCAGUCGCCAAGCGCUCGCCAAAAUGUUGCACCGCGUCAAGAUGGUCAAGGAAAUCAACAUUGCGCUGCUCACUAGCUAAGAUUUUACCCCCCAGUCUGUUAAUGGCUUUGAAAAUGUUGCACCAGUAUGAUGCUAAUGAGUGGCGUUACAGCAGUCUCAGCGUGUCUCGCUGA